AUGCCGUUUUCAACUUACGAUGCCAGUGUUGGCAUGGUCCUUAAGACCCUCAAAUCGCUCGAUGCCGUCCUCGCCAGCGCUGAAGAGCACGCCGCAACCAAGAAUCUCAACGUCGAUGACUACGUACAGGCUAAGCUGUACGAAGACAUGAAACCCCUCGACUUUCAGGUACGGUCAGUUGCUGAAACGGCAACGAAAUGCGCCGCCCGCCUGCUUGGCCAAGAAGCAGUCGAUUUGGAACUCCAGUCAACUUUCGCUGGCCUCCGCAAACAAACCACAGACGCCAUAGCUUCCCUCGAGAAGGUGGACCCCGACUCUGUCGAGGGCAAGGAGACGAAACUCAUCACGAUGGGCCUCGGUCCCGGCAAAACCAAGGAGCUUUCUGCGAAGGACUACAUCGUCGGAUACUCGGUUCCCAAUAGUUUUUUCCAUCUGCAAACUUCCUAUGCUAUCCUGCGGCAACAAGGAGUGCCCCUGGGCAAACGUGUCUACAUCGCACCAUUCUCUUCGUAA